AUGAAUCCCACUCAAGAAAAUCUGGAUUCUGGUAAUCUCUUUGAUCGAUUGCCUGAUGAAAUUGUGCUUUCAGUUUUCGACAAACUACAUGAUGCAAAAUCUCUGUGUUUAUCCAUGUCUGUGUGUAAGAGGUUUUACUCUAUAAUCCCACAAGUUGAAGAAGUUUUUCUGCAUAUUCCCAGAAAAAAAUCAAUGGGAAAAGAUUCUGAAACCCCUCAAAAUUUCUUCAAGAAUCAUUUUCUUAAAGCCCUGAUGAAACCCUUUGGCUUUAUUUCUCAAAUGGUCAAAUUCAAGUCGAAAAAAGAGGAUGAUGAUUAUGAUUAUAAUUCUUAUCAUGUCCCGAAUGAAAUUUUGAAGCCUUUUGAAGAAAUUCGAGCUCUAAAUCUGAGACUGCCAUGCCAAAAAAAUGGUUCGAAAUCUGGGAAGGAAUUUAAUUCGAUGCUGAAAUGGAAGGCAGAAUUUAGUAGCCAGCUACACAGCUGCGUGAUGUUAGGAGCCAAAUCUUGUAUCGACAAACGAGAAAAUGAAGAAAAAUUACGUGAAAACGAGGAAAAUUCGCGUGAAUCAGAAGUGAUUGCAGAUGCAAAGCCAGUUAUUGACCCUUCCACUUUCCCAUUGGUCCGCCCUUUUUUGGGAGUCGAUAACAAAAUUCAUGUGGAUAUCGAUGCCUAUUUGACCGUCUCCAGAACUUUGAAACUCAAAUACCUAACAUCAAAAUUUAAAUCAUACAUAACAAAUUAA